UGAAGUGCAGUCAGCUCGGGUUUCCUUCACGGAGACUACAACUCCCGAAAGGCAACGCCUCUUCGAGCCUUCAACGUGCAACCAGGCCCCGCCUCUCUAGGCUUCAUGGAAGAGGUUCUCCAAUGGCAGGGCUUCCAUCGCGGGACCGGCGGAUUGGGCUGUGAGUUGCAGAAAGGGAGAAGACAAUUCUGGGACAAGCCGGGCCGCUUCGGGCUUGGUUGUGGUCAUAGCCGCGCCGGCUCACGGAAGGGAUCGUGGCCUUCAAGGAAGAGCAGGAAGCAUUGGGGGCGAUUGGAAAAUGCCUGUCCAUUCCCGUGGGGACAAGAAAGAGACGAACCAUCACGAUGAGAUGGAGGUGGACUACGCCGAGAACGAGGGAAGCACAUCGGAAGACGAGGACACUGAGAGCUCGUCGGUCUCAGAGGAUGGGGACAGCUCAGAGAACCUGUUGUUAAACAUUUACCAGCAUACCCAUGCUUCAAGACCAUCUCAACUCAUCCCAAUUACCAACAAUAUCAAAUGUUAGGGCAGGCCCUGAUGCAGAAAUGGAUGAUGAAGACUGUGAAAGAAGAAGAAUGGAGUGCUUAGAUGAAAUGUCAAAUCUUGAAAAACAGUUUACAGACCUCAAAGAUCAGCUUUAUAAAGAACGAUUAAGUCAAGUGGAUGCAAAACUACAAGAAGUAAUAUCUGGAAAGGCACCAGAAUAUUUGGAACCACUGGCAACUUUGCAAGAAAAUAUGCAAAUCCGAACAAAGGUAGCAGGAAUCUAUAGAGAACUCUGCUUAGAAUCUGUAAAGAACAAAUAUGAAUGUGAAAUCCAAGCUUCUCGCCAGCACUGCGAGAGUGAAAAGCUUUUGUUAUAUGAUACUGUACAGAGUGAACUAGAAGAGAAAAUUAGAAGGCUUGAAGAAGAUAGGCACAGCAUUGACAUUACCUCAGAGCUAUGGAAUGAUGAGCUUCAGUCAAGGAAAAAAAGAAAGGAUCCCUUCAGUCCAGACAAAAAGAAACCAGUUGUUGUAUCAGGCCCCUAUAUAGUUUAUAUGUUACAAGACCUAGAUAUUCUUGAAGAUUGGACAACAAUUAGAAAGGCAAUGGCUACACUUGGUCCACAUAGAGUAAAAGCAGAACUCUUUCAACUGAUCCCUUUAGCACCUGUGAAACUGGAAAAACACCUGCACAGUGCUAAGUCUGAAGAGGGAAGAUUGUAUUAUGAUGGUGAAUGGUAUAUUCGUGGACAGACAAUAUGUAUUGAUAAGAAAGAUGAAUGUCCUACAAGUGCCAUAAUUACAACAAUUAACCAUGAUGAAGUAUGGUUUAAGAGGUCUGAUGGAAGCAAAUCCAAACUUUAUAUUUCCCAGCUACAGAAAGGAAAAUAUUCAAUAAAGCAUUCAUAAUUACUAUUAAUUACUAACUAAACCUAUCCAUAUUAGUGUUACCAAGUGUGAUGUGCCAUGGGAGUAAAAAUGUAUUUAGUAGUUUUUACAUUCUCAUAACAUUAUAAAAGUAUUCAUAUUUGGAGGUAGUAUUAUAUGUAUACUUCAUAUACAUAUAUAUGUAUUUUAUAUACACAAACACACACACACACAUACUUUUUUUAAUGGUGAGAAAAACUCAAUCAUGAUGACCAAAAUAUUUUACCUAUAAGUUGGGUCCAACACCUAUAAUAUAUAAAGAAUGGCCUUCCAAAAUUCAGCAGAUGUUUUAUCACUAAACUUCUUUGUUUGGUUAAAAAUUAUGCAAAUUGGGCUUUUCUUCAGUGUAUGUAUGAUGUGGGGUUGUAAAACUUCUACAUUUUUUUCCUGCAACUUAUUUAGUUUUUCAUGUCCAUGUAAUUCAUUGUGUAUUUGUAAAUAAGCCUGAUAAAACAUGUAGAUGGUUUGUAAUAGGAUAUAUAUUGUUAAAUCAGAAUUGAAACACUCUUAUUGAGGGAGGGGGAGCCCUAACAGCUAACCUCAUAUCAAUGGCCUUACAUUAGUAUUUAUUUCUCUUACAUUAAGCUAUUGGGUUAAAAUUUCUAAAAGGAGCACUUGUUUAGAUUACCAGCACUCCUCCCCCUUAAUAGUGUAGCAAUGACAUUUUUUCCCCAGAUUACACUUGAUGUUAAUUAGGAAAAUUAGUGUCAAUUCUUCUGCUUCUACCUGUACUUUUUAUGGCCUGUGGAGGUCAUGAAUGCCUGAUAGUUAUGCUGCAGUAUGUAAGUGAUAAUAACUAACAGGAUUGUGGCAUAUGCUGUGCUUUUCUGGUCUAUUGCCUUUUUUGAAAGAAAUCCUCAGUAAACUUUUUCAGAGGUAAAAAUAUGCUUUUAUGUUAAUUCUGUAUUUAAUACAAUUUAAUACAGUGAAAUUUGUUUAAGUUCAUUUUCGCAAAAGAAUAUUUUUUUCUUUAAGCAUUUAUUUGCUUUAAGUCCAUUUUAUGUGAUUUAGAAAGUUUGGUUUCCUUCCCUUCAAUCAUACUCACCUUUAAUUUUCAAAGCCCCAGGAACAGUGAACAGAGUCAAAAUCCUAAGACAGCACACUUUUGUGACUGUAGUAUAGAUGAUGUGACCAAAAUUAGUAUUCUUCUUGUUUCUGUGCACUUUACUUUUUAUUAUAAUGAGACUUGAAGGGAUGGGGAAAAAACCUAGCUAUUAAAAUUUAUGGCAAGAAUUUCUAUUCUUGCAUAUUUCAAUUUAUCAUUUUCUUUAUCUCUCAGAAUUUCUAUACUUGACCAGUUGCCAAAUUUUAAAAUAUUUGACCUCUGAAGUUCAUUAUUUACAAAAUUGUCACUCUAGGUAUCUCAUAAAUGUUAGCCAAAUGUACAUAAUGUUAUAAAUCAAUGGUUAGUCUUUGACAGUACUUACGCACAUAAUUGUUUGUUAAACAUUUUUGUAAUAAGAUAUUUGUAUUUUUAAAUUUAGUAUAUAAUAAAAAUGAUCUGUGCUAGAGUAUCAUUUCUCAGAAUGCUUUUCCAUGUAAUCUGCUAUAAUAACUGAUGUGUUGGCAAUACUUGUUUGCACAUAAAUUUAGUGUUAAUGAUCUUUGAACUAAUGUUCCUGAUGUAUUCAGCUGAAAAAUAGAUUCAUAUAGAAAUUCUAUAUCAAGAAAGCAUACUUAUAAAAGAUCUUUAAAUAAAAUAUAGAAGGAAAUAUUUACAUCAAUUAACAUAUCCCCAAGAACUUUAAAAGUGAUGUGAUAAUGAGUAGUAGCUUACAUUUGUAUAGUUUUUAGCAAUUUAUCAAGUAUUUAAAAACAUUAUAUUAUCUAGCCCUUACAGUGAUCUUUUAAAAUAACUUAGAACUGUCAUUUCUGUUCACAGAUGGGACUGUGAGAUUUGCAAUGUUGAGCCAUAUAAGACUCAAGCCCAAGUCAUUCCACUGUGCCCCACAGAGCUGUGUUGUUCUAGUGUGAAAACUAGUUUCAGAAAAAAAUAAAUAUAUUCUUCUGAGAUUGAAAAAAUGUGUAUAUAUAUUUUGCCAUUGGCAACUUUCCAUUUGCCUGAAAAUCACAUGAUAUAAUUAAAAAUUGUUGCUAAUAAAUUUUAUGAUGCUUCAUAAUAAAUUUUUAUCUGCUUCAGUCUUGGAGGAGCUGCUCAUCCUAUACUCUACUGCCUUACAUUCUAUUUUAUGUACCUCCUUUCUCGUUUCCAUUGGUCAGAUGCUUACCAAAAGCAAAUAUU